UCCAACAUUUUAUGAUCUAAUUACUUGAAUAAAAUUCUGUCGUUAGUUCUUUAGUAAAUAAACUGCCUGAACACUUGUGAGAAACAACGAUGAAACGACAACUACCGCAUCCAUUACGCUCGAGCCAAGAAAAUGUCAACGCAUCAAGCUCGUCGUCGCAGGAGACGCGAAGAGUAUCAAGAGAAAUCUCCGCAUCUAGCGCUCCUGAGAGAACAACAGAUCCGCAGAUCCUUUCGUCAAGGAGACAGAUUAUGCGACAACACAAGCAAGCUUCGGGUGGGGUAAGUGAGAAUGCGUUGCAGUGUCCAAUAUGCAAGGACAGGUUUAAAUCACCCAAGAUAACGCCGUGUCAGCACACGUUCUGCCUUCAGUGUCUGAAGAAUCAGGUCGCCACGUCGAAUAAGAGAGAUGGCUGUUUUACCUGUCCUGUUUGUGAUGCAAGCUUCGACGGUCGCGCGCCUGAGAAUUUGCCCAAUAAUCUUUAUAUCGAAUCGCUCUUGGCGAUCAGCAGUAAAAAACAAACGAGACCGCCGAAAAGCACGGUAAGUUUCGCGCCCUUACCACCGAGGAUACGGGACCGAAAAUCUUCGCCGACAUUGAAAUGUCGCAGAUGCAGCGAAAUCUGCGAGAGGAAAUGCAAACAUUGUAAACGCGGAUAUUGUUAUGCCUGCUGGAAGAAACACGUCGACGAUGACUUGAAAGAAGAACUGGGCAAUAUAAGCGAUGAUCUGGAGACAUCGACUGCGAGAUUCAAAGAGAAAAUUAUCUACUUUCGAAAUAAGGCGAACGAGAUGAAAGAUUUCAUCAGCAGAGAUAUCGAGGCUAAGAUAGCUGAUCUUAACAAGAGAAAAGAGAAUCGAAUUAAAAAGGUGGAUCACAUAAUUGCUACAGGCGAAAUGUCGGUGGAGGAUAUUGAACAAAGAAUGCAGAAAACUCAGGCGGAGGUAAAGGAAGGAAAAGACGUUUCAUACGAUUUGUUGCCUGCUAAUGAAAAGAAGGUGAAAAUAUUUCUGGACCUGCAGCAAAAAGCUACAGAGGCAAUGGCAGCGAUGGUCAUCUGGGAAUCAGAAUUGCACGAUAUAGAAAUGGGAUUAGCGGAGAUCAACAAACGCGGAGGAUCAGUGAUCAAGGAGAAUGUCGGCCCUCUCUACAAGCGGAAGGUUUUCACACCCAAAAUAAUCGUGAACCGUGACAUGGUGCAGCGGCCGUCGGCGCUCGCCGUUGAUUCCUGGAGGGAUCACAUUAUCACGACCUGUCCGGGAUCGGGACAGGUUGUCAUUCUCGACAGGAAGUUCAGACUUAUACGGAGGAUUCGCCACCGAGAGAUGAUGGCGCCUCAAGGAGUCGCCUUCCUCCAGGAGAAUGACGAAAUAUACGUGACAGAUAAAUGGAAGCACUGCAUCUUCGUGUUCAAUCACAAGGGCAAGCUCGCUCGUCGCAUGUGCAGCAAAGGUCAAGGAGAGUCGCAGCUGCGCUCGCCGGAGGGAAUCACCUUUUACUUGGAACGUAAUGUGUUCUACGUCGCCGAUACUGGAAAUGAUCGCAUUCAGAUCCUCAAGAAGGAUGGAUCAUACCUGGGCAGCAUCGGACCCAUUGGCAAACGCACGAGAAACACCGUCAGAUUACGUAAUACUAACCCUGGCCCGAGUCAUCUGAACCAGCCGACGGAUGUGGCCGUCACUGCAACGCGCGUCGUUGUAGCCGACUCCGGCAGUCACAAAGUUAAGAUAUUCGAUCAUAACGGACAAAUUCUUCAAACCAUCGGUGGCGUUGGUACAUCGAAGGGUUUAUUCAAAUCGCCGGAAGUACUGAGGAUCGACAAGAAGGGAAACAUUAUCGUCGGCGAUGCCGGAAAUGGUAGAGUGCAGAUCUUCUCGCCGGAAGGUGAGUUUCUACGAGUGUUAGGCUCGAAAGGAACCAAGGAACGCCAAUUCGGAUGGGUAUCGGGCGUGCUGGUAACAAAUGAUUACGAUAUCUUUGUCGCCGACAGCAAGAAUAACGUUAUAUAUUUAUUUUAAUAUAAAGGGUAUAAAAAUAAUAAAAAGUACUUGG